AUGCUACAGACAAUACAGGACAAAUUAGAUGAACAAGCACGACAAUUCACUGGUGUACCAAGCAAUCAACCAAUACGUACUCUUCUUUUACUUGGUCCAUCUCGUGCAGGUAAAUCAACAAUCAGUCAAAUUCUUCGUAAUAGUCGGUAUGAGCCAUCCGAACCCAAACUCUAUUCUGCUACGAGGGAACCUGAGCAUCACUCUGUUGGUAGUCUACAAAUAAUUGAUAUGCCUGGCUUUUGUGACACUCAACCUCAAUCGAGCGACUUCAAAUUGUCCAACAAAAAGAUCUUAUCUAUGCUGGAACCAGAAUUAGACGAAGCAGAUCUAGUUGCCUUUGUCUUCAGUUUAGCGAAUGGCAUUGACGAAGCUGCCGUAGAGUCGAUGCGUCUCUUUCAAUCAAAAUUUCCUCGAUUUACGAAGAAAGUAAUGUUGGUCAUAACACAUGCUGAAGAAAUGGGCGAGGAUCAAAAGCAUCAAUUAGUUGAAGACUUUUUUGGCCAUCAGAAAGUUAUCAAGUACCGUUUGAGAGAAUUCUUUCAGCAAGGAGUUCAUUUUCUUGGUUCAAUUCGAUACGAAUCCAUUCAACCGACAAAUUCUACUGCAAUCUUUCGAGAACAUGGAAAUGUUUUGCAAAUGCGACAACAAUUCAUAGAUAAAUGCUUUCAAGCAAGGAUUUUUAACAGAAGAUAUCCAACACGUUCAACAUAUUCAAUCAAAACACUUGUCUUCAUGUUCAUAUUAUUCGGGAUUAUUGCGGUCAUCUCAACUAUAUAUCUGACUAAAAUAUGGAAAGGUUCAAUAUCAAUUAAAAAAACACCCGCCUGCAGUUCAAACACGAAAAGCACGGAAACCAUACCAAAUGAAUGGUUUGACGAAAUGCAAACUAAGUUUCAGCAGACAUUAGAAGAAAAUUUAAAGAUUGCCGACGAACGAUUUAAGAAUGCGGAAGAUCGAUUGAAAAAUGCAGAAGAACGAUUCAAAACUGCGGAAGAACGAUUCAAGAAUGCUGAAGAACGAUUCAAGGAUGCUGAAGAACGAUUCAAGAGUUCUGAAGAUCGACUUCAAAAUGCCGAAGAAAGAUUUAAGAAUUCUGAAGAACGAUUCAAUAGUACCCAACAAAUCAUUAAUCAAUGGCUGUCAAAUAACACUUGCUCACGAAAUAUACCUAAAGUUACUGACAAGGAUGAGGGGAAGGAAGAAAAUUCGAUAGAGGAACCAAGUAAUACCAAACAGGAAGAUUCGGUGGGAAAUAAAUCUGAAGAAGGUUGGCUUGAUCGGAUUAUAAAGUUUUUAGAAUACUAA